AUGAAUACAAAAUUAGCACCAAAACCUGCUCCAAAACCUGGUCGUGUUACGGUUUAUCGUGCAGUUUCUGAUUAUUGUGAUCGAGAAAUGUCAUUUAAUGAAGGCGAUUUAUUGUAUGUAUCAGAGGAUACAAAUAAUACUGAAUCAGCAGAAUGGUUGCAAGCAAGGUGUGGUACUUAUAUUGGUCUUGUACCAAGGAACUGUGUGAUGAAUGCAGAAUAUGUAGAUUUUCCUCUUCAUGAUGCCGCAAAACGAGGAAAUAUAGAAUUUGUAAAGGAAUGUAUUAAGAAUUCCGUUUCGGUCAACAGUUUAGAUAAAUCAGGAUCAACUGCGCUCUAUUGGGCUAGUCAUGGUGGUCACACAAAUAUUGUUGAAAUGCUUGUCACUGUGCCAAAUAUUUGUAUAUCGGCUCAAAACAAAUUGGGCGAUACUGCUUUACACGCAGCUGCUUGGAAAGGUUAUGCCGACUGUGUCCGCCUUUUACUGAAUAAUGGUGCAAGCACGAAUUUGAAGAAUAACGAUCGUAAACGACCAAUUGAUGUGGCAAGAAAUGUCGAUUGCUAUGCGCUAAUUCAGUUAGCUAUGCGUGGUACGGUUCACCCGGAAGAUAGUAACGACUAUCUAUCGGAUUCGGAGACUGAAAAUUCUUGCUAA